UGUACACACACGUGACCUAGCCCGUCUGAUCCUCGUGUGUAUAAUGUGUGUAUACAUACAUUUAUCUACGAAAACCAUCUCCUUUGGACGGCCUGAACCGACCUGCGAAUAUUUGUUAAGGGUGACGUAAGCGGUUGAUGACGUACCAACUCCUCGUAAAGCUUGGAUAGCAAUUGCGGGACCUUUUGACCCAUAAUGCAUCUGAAGGUCCCGUUGUUGUCCAUCUCCACUCUUCAUACAUAACCGUCAUAUGAUCUAGCUGUUUUCGUUUUACCCGUCUUAGAAUUUUGCGUUCAUCGUCGUAUGAUGCUGCUGUUCCCGUGAAUCAACCAUCAUCAUCCAUGGAUUCAUAUAUUUGUAUUAGAAAUUAAGUUUAGAAGCAAUAUCGUUCAUCAUGGGAAGUUUCCUGGGCCAUGCGUUGCCUGGAUCGUUCUUCAUUGUGGUAGCAUUAUGGUGGAUUGUUAACAUUGUGUAUUACUUUAAUAAAGCGCGCUGGACAGGGCAAACCUUCGUAUCCAGACCCAACUUCAUAGUGUAUCGGAAAACUGGCAACAUCAUACACAUAGAAGCCUUCUUCAAAAUAGCAUUUGCCAUUAUUGGAAUUAUUGGAGAGUUUAUUUGGACUCUGAAAUAUGAUUUUGGAUUACCUGUUGGAAAUGCACAGCACAUGACGAUGUUUGCUUUCUUUGGGAUUUCUGGGUUAUGUGAUCUUAUCGCCCAUUACAAAAGAAGUUAUGUACCCCCACAUAUUGACUAUGUUGCUCUAAUUAUGGCUUUCCUGGUGGAGGCUCUUUUGUUUCAUUUUCAUUUACAAGAGCGAUCCUCCCUUGACGUCACCAUACAUACCCUUCUUGUAUAUACCAUUCUGUCCAACGCGAUCAUCAUCGGUGUGGAAUUGAAGAUGGUCAACAGUGCUCUGGUCAGUUUGGUCAAGGGAUUGUUACUGCUCGUGCAAGGCACUUGGUUUUGGCAGAUUGGAUUUAUUUUGUACAGCCCGUCACGUUUGCCAUCCACGUGGCAUGCGGAGGAUCAUGAACAUAUAUUUCUAGCAGUGCUGAUAUUUGUUUGGCAUGUGGCGAUUGAUUUAGCUGUUUUGUCAGGAACGGGUGUCAUAGUGACCAUCGUUCAGAGGCGGUUAUUUUACGAAACGAGCGGCUACAGAAUGGUGGAUAGAUCUGAUUCCCAGUUCUCCAGGACCAUGUUCAUAGGGAAAGAGGAUGUACUGACGGACGAGUCGGAUUCGAGCUGAUGACCUUUGAUUGUGUUGAUGGAAAGCCUAUUUUACUGUAGGUUGUACACUAGUUAUACCUAAGAAACGGUUUCUCGGAUAACUUUUAGACACAAAAGAUAACAAGAACACUACCACCAUAACAAACGCCAGACCAUUUAUAAAUACUUUUGUUUUUCAUGGAAAAUAAAUCUGAUAGCUAAAAUACUUUAGCUUAUUAGUUUUGAAGGGUGCUGUUUUGAUGUUUUUACGGUUCGUGAAUGACACUUUCAAAGUGACAAAUGACACGUUAAAUAGCUUUUAGUGCAGUUUACAUUACAUGCAUGUUGUACUGAGGUUGUGAGCUGUCUGUGGCAGGAAAUUAAAAGGUGAUAUCGUCAGGUCUUGGGUAUUCAAAACCGAGGCUGUAUUCUUAUAUAACAUUUUUGGUGCUGUGGCUGUGAAAAAUGAACAUCACACUAGCUCCUUUCGCGAAGUAUUUGUUUGUAAUUUCAUGAUAUUAUUAAUACAUUUGUAUGGUUGCAGACUUUUGAAGAAAAUAAAUUAUAGAAAAGUCUUAAACUAUAGAC